GAUGUGAAUAUUGUUUUGUAACAACAAUUCUCUUUUACAUCUCAGCAGAGAACGAAAUAUAUAUUUUGUGCCGCUUAACUUGGCUUUAUUUAAGACAUGGCAAGGAUUGGAGUGAUUCUCUAUCUGUUAGGAGCACUCAAUUUUUGCCCAUCCUUGUUAUAUCAAUAUCAUAUUUUACUGACCCAGAAUAUGUCCUGGCUCCAGGCUCAGAAUUAUUGUCGAACCCAUUAUACAGACUUGGUGACCAUCCACAGCAAGAAUCAAAUGAACCUUAUUAAUGACAUAAUCAAAGGAACAAAUACUCCUGGUGUAUGGAUUGGUUUAUAUCGCAACACCAGCACUUACCUUUUAACAUGGUCUAAUGGAGAUCAGUUUAUGUACUCACAAUGGAAGCCAGGACAACCUGGCCAGGACAACAAUGUGUGCACUGCUAUGUCAUCAAUGUGGCAAGACUUCCCUUGCACCAGUGUUUAUUAUUUUGUCUGCUAUAAAGUAAGUAAUGAUAAUUACUACAUGGUAAAGUCAAAUAUGACAUGGACGGCGGCUCGGGACUACUGCAGAUCACAGAAGGCAGAGCUCAUCAGUAUCAGGAAUGAUGCAGAAAACCAGAAGGUGAAAGCCAUCACAGGAAAUGAUUCAGUUUGGAUAGGACUGUACUGGAAUUCUGGGCAGUGGCAAUGGACAGAUGGGGCAUUUUCAUCUUACCAAAGCUGGGGUGCAUGCCAACCAGAUAUGUACUAUGGAGAAGAAUUUUGCACACAUAUAUCUGUGAACAUUGAUGGUUUUCAAUUUGGAUUCUGGAAUGAUUAUGACUGUCUAAAUUCAUUAUAUUUUAUGUGCUAUCAAGGUAAUGUGCCAUGCAUUUAUUUAUAUUGUUCAAAUCAAAACAACAUUAGUUUUACAACUCUGAUAAAAUUCAACAUUGAAGUAGAUGCAUAGUUAUGCUGAGUAAGACAUUCAUAUAUUUGAAUACCGGUAUUUUACCAAUUCCUCCAGUUUUAUUUUAAACAGAAAACUGGAGUCAUUAAAAGAAACUAUCAAUUCAGUACAAUGUUUUAUGUAAAGUACUAUAUCUGACACAGAACUUUUUAUGUUUUUAAUUUUGAAAAAAGUCAGUUAAGGCAUACUUCUUAACUAUCCCUGAUUUCCAGGACUGUCCCUGAUUUUGACUCCAAAAUUUAGCUGUGUCCCU